AUGAGCUUUGGACGCGUCAUCACAUUUCUGGCCGCGAUUGUCGCCGAAAAGGAGCAAAUGGUAUCACGACAAUGGAAAUCGAGGACGAAGAGGGAUUUCUCUUUUGCUAUUACUGAUCUGAUCUACCAGUGCCAUUUUUCCAACGCAAGCCCAUUCCCAAACUGUGUGCACGAUUUGGACAAUUACAAGACAACUUUCCGGUCCUCCCGUCAGCCUCCCUACCUAGUAGUAGGUACACAUCUAACAGUACUCCAUGAACAUGGUGAACUGCAUUGGGCAAAGCGGAUCCGCCGAGGCAGUGCGCUUCCGAGGCUCCGGACGAAGGCAGCCAUUCGUCCUCGAGUCUCCUACCGGUACCCAUGCGCCAUGCUCCUCCCCGGUCACACCACCAGCCUGUCCGCCUGUCCGCCUCACGCAAUGCGGGGGUCAUGGGUCCAUCAUUCGACUAAUCCGACAUGCCCACUGCGCUUCCGCAACGCCCAACGCACGCAUCCCGUCGAGUACCGCGCGGACGCGCACGUUGAUCUCCUCACUGCACCGGCACGACGCCGACAGGCUGGCUGUGGAUCCAUUGCCAUGGCAAAGUCUGUCCUCUUGUUGUCUCCACGGUACAAGCAUGCCAUCCGUCGCACCACACAAGCGCAUUUGACUCCCCUCGUGGUGCUCAGGAGAGAGUCGGUAACCAACAUCUGCAGCCUCCAUAGGUCCGGAUUCUCCCUGGUCACGGGUGGUCGCAGGUUUAGCACCGGGUUCCCCGCAGACCCUACUACACACAGCAACGACAUGCCUAGUUCGUGUCGAGCCGACGAUCAUUUUAAACACAGCACCGUCUACCGUACCCGCAUUCUUACUCUCGCUCCAGACUCUUGGCAAGCGCCUCUCCAGAAAUCCAUGGCUCCACCUCUCCGCAUCGCCGGCUCAAGCCUGUCUCGGCGUAAAGGGUCACUGUCUAACACAGUCAAGGCCCCUCUUUUAUCGGUUCUUCAUGGUUGGGUACGUGUACGUUGGACGCCGAGUAUCGAGGGUGGCUUGGAUGGUGCUUCUGGUGAUGGCUCUGAUCGCUCGUUGCCAUGGUUCAUGCCAAUGGCGCGGUUUUACAGGUUACCGGCUUAUUUACCGGGUGAGACAGAGAUCGGUAUGAGUGGUGAUCAACAAAAGCAUCCAACCAACGACGCUCACCUAGGUACCACUGCCGCAAGGGGCGACGAGAGAUUGUCUGCUGUAUCAACGGCAAGGAACGAAUCAAUCUCGAGGAUGUUGGACAACGACAACGACAACAACAAUGCCUUGGAGAAGGACAUCUCAAUUACAAGAGAUGAUACCGCUGCCUAUCCAAACGGACACAAUAACCAUCAGCAUCUGGAUGACUCCUACGACUCCAAUGCUGCCGUUCACAAAAUCCGCCCAGCCGGCAGCAUCUCCAUGUCCCCCGAGAUGUUCGAGAAGCUGUACCUAUCGCCUCAGAACGAGGUUAAAGGAGACCUGCGAAAGACUUUUGGCAACCCGACACCCCUUGGCAUCAUCGGCUUUCUACUCGCACUGACGCCCCUCAGCUGGACCCUAAUGGGCUGGCGCGGCGCAGGAGGUAGCGGUGCAGCAAGUAUCGGAUGGUACUAUUUCGCAGGCGGCUUACUGAUGAUGCUAAGUGGUCUCGGCGAGUGGAUCCUCGGCAACACAUUCCCCUUCAUAGUCUUCUGCUCCUUUGGCGCCUUCUGGCUCGGCUACGGCGCAACCCUCCAACCCUCCUACGGCGCAUACUCACUCUACCGCGACCCAAACAAUGCCUCCAGCACGGGUCUCGAGAGCGUCGGCUUCAACGUCGGUAUCGCCUACCUCAUGAUCGCAAUGGCCAUACUCUGCCUCGUCUUCCUCAUCUGCUCCAUCCGCACAAACAUCGUCUUCUUCAUGAUCUUCUUCGGCCUCACACCAACCUUUGGCUUCCUCGCCGGUACUUUUUUGCAAAUCGCAAACGGGAGACCCGCGCUCGCUGCUCGGCUCCAGGAAGCUGCCGGUGCUUUUGCUUUUGUGGCGUGUAUCGCUGGUUGGUAUAUCUUUUUCGCUAUGAUGUUGGCGAGUGUGGAUUUUCCGUUCGAUUUGCCUCUCGUAGACCUCUCCGGCGUAAUCAAAGGCGCCAGCGAAAAGAAGAAAAUCAACCACAUUGAGUGA